CAAUGUCCAACGAGUGCCACUAAGGAGAAUUAGUUAAAUGCAGGUAGCACAAAUUCCAAUUUACGUUCUCGCUACUUAAUAUUUUCAAAGUUGACAUAAAUCUUGCCAACAACAUCUCCUCACGCUUAGCCCAUCCACAUUGAUUAACCAGAUUCCUAUACAACAUGAAUCCAAUCUUGCGCAGUGGCUCUAUAUUGAGGGUGGCCAAUUCGUCGAUUCCUUCACUUUACCGUUCCAGGAAGGUCACUCCUCUGUCAUGGCGGACUUACGCUCAGAGUUCCUAUGGCGGGGAAGGGGAGACUGAAGCUCAACAGCCGAACAAUCCUCGGAAUACCCCAACUCGGGACAUUGAACAUCCAGGGCCAUCUGCCCCAGAUGUCAGCAAGGGCUCAACAGCAUCUUCACGCUCUCAGUCUCGAUCUACUUCGACAACCCAAGAAGAUCGAGAUAAGGAAGAUUCAGAAGGUAGACCCAUUCCGACGUCAUCCUCCAACGACGCAAAACCAACGAUUACUGACGGACGCCAUUCCCCCAAUGUUGACUCUGAAGGCAACGUGCGGUCAGAUGUUCCUAAAGAUGUAAAGAAACAUAACGAAGAGAUGGAGCACCGGUAUGAUCGAGCUUACAACCAGCUAGGGAAUGAAGGGAAGCCACCGAAGGGGUUUUGAGAAAGGCUACAAGCUUGGACGAGUGGUGUGGUUUGUGGCGAUAUCCCUUGUGGUUGGAUGGAAUUGGGAAAGUUACUAUAUGAUUGAUUAACGGAGCGA